AUGCGCUAUCAGUGCUACUUGGUGUUGGAGGAGAUGAAGCAGGCUCUGAUUCACCCCGCAGUGAUUCGCAUGAACGAGCACCUUAUCAACUCCUACUUCGAGCUCGAAGAAAUCAAGUGCCAGCCUCCGUCACAGCUAUGGCAAAACUUUGCCAAGGCGACGUGGCAGACGUCAUUCAGGCUUAACCGGCACCGGCUGAAGAAAUUACGCGAGGAUUUGGAACGCAUGGACCCGGAUGCGCUGAUGAAGCUGGAUGGACAGGCGGUGGCCACCUUGGCGCAAGACGAAUUCCUGCAGGCAGUAUUUUCGCCAACGCUUGCCAUAGACGAGAUACACGAUGAACCUAUCGCAGUCGGUCCAUCCUCGGUUGGAGCUCUAGGAGAGUUUCCAGUUGAUGAUUUGGACGACCAUUUCGCAAUAGACGGCACAUACGACGCUACUCUCGAAGAGGGAGCCGAACAGUUUCUCGAAGAUGAACUGCACUACGGCAAUGAUAAUAGGGAUAUGGAGAGAUUGCAAAAUUGA